ACAGUUUUGUAGACUAGACUGGCUGAAAUCAAGAACAGUACUUUUCAUAGUAGUAAAACAUCCGAAAAUAAGUAAGCUCGAUAGUAUGCUCGGUUACAAGUUAGCUAUCUUGCUAGCUUGCUAACCGACCGUCUUAUACUCUAACAUCUUCAUCUUAUUUGAAUGAAAACAGGCUUCUUGUAUUGUGGAGGUCAGGAUGAAGAUGUUCUCAGUGUCUCAUAAGACGGCGUUUGUGGUUGACCACUGCCCCUACAUGGCUGAGUCCAGCCGACAGCAGGUGGAGUGUGACAUGCUAACAAAGAGCCGUGCACAGGGUGUGAUUCCCCUGGCUCCGGUGUCCAAGUCUCUGUGGACGUGUGCUGUGGAGUGCUCCAUGGAAUACUGUCGGAUUCUGUAUGAUGUUUACCCCACCAGGAAACUGAUAAACUACAUCGUGAGUGACUCAGAAUUCCAUAUCCUAAACACCUGGAGGCAGGAAGACCAAAGCACUCAAGAGCUCAUGUCUGCUCUGGCAGCUGUAGGGCCACCUAAUCCACGUGAGGACCCAGAAUGCUGCAGUAUUCUGCAUGGGCUGGUUGCAGCAGUGGAGGCUCUGUGUAAAAUCACAGAGUACCAACACGAGGCCCGUACUGCUCUAAUGGACACGGCAGACAGAGUGGCCAACAGAGGGCGUAUCAUCUGCCUCACCAACGCCAAGAGUGACACUCAUGUGCGGAUGCUGGAGGAAUAUGUGCUGGAGACAAUUCAGGAACAAAACAAACUGGCUGCUGGGUCAGACAGGCUGAUGCCCAUUCAGCAGUGUGAGCUGGUGCUGGUCCAUGUUUACCCACAGGGGGAUGACACACUGGUUUCAGACCGACCCAAGAAAGAGAUUUCCCCUGUACUGAGCAGUGAAGUACACAGUGUUCGUGCUGGCAGACACCUGGCCUCCAAACUCAACGUGUUGGUCCAGCAGCAUUUCGACCUGGCCUCCACUACCAUCACCAAUAUCCCCAUGAAGGAGGAGCAACACGCCAACACAUCAGCCAACUACGACGUAGAGCUCCUUCACCAUCGAGACGCUCACAUGGAGUUCAUCAAAAGCGGAGACCUUCAUAUGGCAGGCAGUACCAGCAGAGACAGUGGUCUGAAGGAAACAGUCACUCUUAAAUGGUGCACUCCUCGCACUAACAGUGUGGAGCUGCAUUACUGCACGGGUGCGUAUCGCAUUUCUCCCGUAGACGUCAACAGUCGUCCCUCUUCCUGUCUGACCAAUUUCCUGCUAAAUGGCCGCUCUGUACUGCUGGAGCAGCCCCGCAAAUCAGGGUCAAAGGUCGUCAGUCACAUGCUUAGCAGCCACGGCGGAGAAAUCUUUCUGCACGUGCUCAAUAGCACCCGGUCCACACUCGAAGACCCGCCCUCUAUCAGUGAGGGCUGUGGCGGGCGUGUCACAGAUUACCGCAUCACCGAUUUUGGCGAGUUUAUGCGGGAGAACCGCCUGACCCCUUUCCCAGCAUCCUCGGCUCCAGAUUCCACAGGCCGGGCACCGUUUGAGCGGGCAAAAGCUCAGCUUGAGCGUCACACAAGAUAUUGGCCGAUGAUCAUCUCCCAAACCACAAUCUUCAACAUGCAGGCGGUGGUUCCUCUGGCUAAUCUCAUAGUGAAAGAGACUCUGACAGAGGAUGAUGUUCUGACCUGUCAGAAAACUGUAUAUAACCUGGUGGACAUGGAGAGAAAGAAUGACCCACUGCCCAUCUCCACUGUGGGCUCCAGAGGGAAAGGCCCCAAGAGAGAUGAACAGUACAGGAUCAUGUGGAAUGAGUUGGAGACCUUGGUGAAGAAUCACAUCGGAAGCAGCGAUAGACACCAGCGUGUGCUCGACUGCAUCGUCGCCUGUCGCAGCAAACCCCCCGAGGAGGAGGACAGGAAGAAACGAGGCAGGAAGAGAGAGGACAAAGAGGACAAGGCUGAGAGGAAUGGCAAAGACACAGAGGAGAAGGGAUGGGCUCAGGACUCGGAGAGACUGAGGAGUGGGCUGGAGCGUGACAGAGAAGAGCAGACAGAGGCAGAGGUGAUUAAAGACUCCCCUGAUUCUCCAGAGCCACUCAAUAAGAAACCACGCCUGGCUACAGAAGAACUGCAGCCUCCUGAAAAAUCAAAAGGACCUGUCUCUUUGCUUACCAUGUGGACCAACAGAAUCACUGCAGCCAACUCCAGAAAGCACCAGGAGUUUGCUGGGAGGAUCAACUCUGUCAACAGCAAGGCAGAGCUCUACCAGCAUCUUAAAGAUGAGAACGGGAUGGAUGUACAUGAGAAUGGGAAGGCAAGCAGAUGAUUGGAUUGGCAACCUUUUGCGGAAUAUCUGGCCUAGGAUGCAGUACCACUAGAAGGGAGGUUUUUUUUUAACGUCUUACAGGAUCUGAUAUGACACCUGAAUGAAAUGUGCCAGGACAGUAUCAGUCUGAUGCAGGGCAGUCUGAUGCCCAGGCAGACAGACAGACAGACAGACAGAGGACACCACAGCCCUGAGAGGAUUUUCUAAAAGGUGUCUGCUU